AGCCCUCUAACACACACACCCUCACCUUAGAUAUGAGUUCUGUCCAAGUUCUUUCCACCACAAUAAUUCAAGCACCAAAUCACAACCUCAAUGGCUCAAAUCAUCAUACAAUCGAUCUAAACCCAUGGGAUCUACAACUCCUCCCAUUUGGAUAUAACCAAAUGAGCUUUGUCUAUCGUCAAUCAAUCAAAUCAGAUAUAUUAAACCAAAUCCAACACCUUAAACACUCUUUUUCAUCUGCACUUGAUUUUUUCCACGUUUUUGCUGGUCGUCUUAAAAUCACACAACAUGAAGAUAACACCAUCUCUUGUUCUAUCAAGUGCAAUAACGAAGGUGCACUCUUUGUUCAUGCUGCAGCAAAAUAUAUUAUUGUGGAAAAUAUUCUUGAGCCAACUCAUCUUUCUCCUGUUCAUCACUCACUUUUUGUAAUGAACGGAGUCAAAAACUAUCAAGGAACAUCACAUCCAUUACUUGCAGUUCAAGUAACAGAGUUAGAUGAUGGCAUAUUUAUUGGAAUCACAACCAACCAUGUGGUUGGUGAUGGUACUUUGUUUUCCAAUUUUUAUAAUUUAUGGGCAAAAAUCUCAAGAGGUUCUGUUGAAAUAUCCAAAACUCCAAUAUUUAAACGAUGGUUUCCUAAAGGUAUUGAAUGUCCUAUUCGACUUCCUCUCAAAAUAGAUUCACAAAAUAAUCUUAAUGAAAAAAAACUCAACCCACCAGAGAGAAUAUUUCAUUUCACAAAAGAGAAUAUUGCAAAACUAAAAUCCAAAGCUAAUUUAGAGGCUGGUACAAAGAAAAUAUCUUCUUUGCAAGCACUUUUAACUCACAUUUGGCGAUCUUUUACACGUUCCCAAAAACUUGACGAUCAAACAGAUGUGAGUUUUUCAGUUGAUAUAAGCGUUAGAUCAAGACUGAAUCCUCCUUUGCAUGAGAAUUAUUUUGGUAAUGCUAUAAUAGAAUGUUUGGUUAAAAUGAAAGCUGGUGAAUUGUUGGAUGAUGGUGGACUUGGUAAGGGUGCAUUGAAGAUGAAUAAGAUGAUUUCUUUGCACACUGAUGAAAAGAUAAGAAGUCACUAUGAAAAGUGGUUAAUAGAACCGAGUUUUUAUGUUACACCUGAUGAUGUGUCCCAUAAUAAUGGUUUGGUGAUUGCUUAUUCACCUAGGUUUGAUGUUUAUGGUAAUGAUUUUGGUUGGGGAAAACCUGUGGGAGUUCGAAGUGGUGGUGCAGAUAAACGAGAAGGAAAGGUUAAUGUGUUUGGAGGUGUAGAAGAAGGUAGUAUGGAACUUGAAGUGUGUCUUCCUAAUGAAAUCUUAGAAGCAAUGUCACAUGAUCUUGAGUUUAUGAAUGUUGUGUCUUGAGUUUAUUAAUAUUGAUCUUGAAUGUUUUCUUUUUUAUUUAAAUAAGUGAUUUUCAUAAAAGGUUAAGUUUUUAUUUUAUGCUUUUUUAUUGAAUUGGUUUCUUUCUUUCCGUGUCUUUUUAUGGUGUUAUCUUCUUUUCGUCUCGUUGUUGUGUGCAUUUUAUUUUGGAGUUAAUUUAGUUAAGAAUGGGGUUCGUCUAAGGAAGGUUGGGGUCUCAUGUAGCCUCUGUGGGUGUGAUGCUUAGUCGACUUCUCAUUUAUUUUUCAAAUAUGAUAUUAUCUCGACUCUUUAACUUAUGAUAUUUAUGUGCAUGAGUUGGUCCUUUGCAAUUAAUUGGGAUAUUUAGUCUUUUUUUAGUCAUUUUGUUACUUAGAGAUUCCAAUUAAGAUUAGAGGGGGUCUUUUGAUAGCCUCACAUGUUGUGUUUUUAGUUAUCUAAGAGUCUUGGAAUUAUUUGGUUUUUUCAAGUUUAGUUGUGAAUGUUAAGUACUUAGAGAUUAUGAGCAUUUAUUUGGCCUGGAAGUUAUAUCUGAGUAGGUUUUCGAAUUAAUCUUUCCCUUUGUCUGUGUGGUUGGAGAACCUUACCCUCAUUAUGAAGCAAUAGCGGUUUUAAGUUUCGGUGACCUGUUGGGGCAAAGUGUUUUUUUUCCUCUUCUUGUGGAGGGUUCUGCUCAAAUCUUUUGUAUUUAUUGUUAUUAGGCUCUAGCUAUGAGCUUGUGAAUUUCUUGACUUUAUAGAUUUUUUUUGUAGUGGUGUUUUGUGGAGUUGUUGCUUUUGGUCAUUCCUUUUCGUCAUUCUUAUUUUUUUUGCCUUUUGUUGAAUAUUUCUUAUGUCCGGUUCAUA